CGAAAUUUACCCUGUUACUCUGCCCAGAGGGAGCCAUGGCUGCAGUGAACCCUGUGGAAAGUCUCCAGGAGGAAGCUACAUGUCCCGUCUGUCUGGAGUAUUUCACAGAACCUGUCACUCUGGAGUGUGGGCACAAUUUCUGCAGAGCCUGCAUCAGCCAGUGCUGGGAGGGAUCUGAUACGGCCAUCUCCUGCCCUCAGUGCAGAGAAACUGUGCAACAGAGAAACCUCAGGCCGAACAGGCAGCUGGCAAAUGUCCUAGAAAUUGCCAAGCGGCUGAGUUUACAGGCAGCAAAAGGAGCAGGAGGGGACGGGGUGUGUGAGAGACACCAGGAGGCUCUGAAACUGUUCUGUGAAGAUGAUCAAACUCCCAUCUGUGUGAUCUGCAGAGAGUCCCAGGCUCACAGAGCUCACACUGUGGUUCCCAUAGAGGAGGCUGCCCAGAAGUACAAGGAAAAAAUCCAGGCCCAUUUGAAGGCUCUGCGGGAAGAGAGAGAAAAGCUGCUGGGAUUUAAAGUGACUGGAGAGGGGAAAAGCCAGGAGUAUCUGAAACAAACACAAACCGAGAGGCAGAAGAUUGUGUCUGAAUUUCAGCAACUGCGGCGGUUCCUGGAGGAACAAGAGCGACUCCUGCUGGCCCAGCUGGAAAAGCUGGACGAGGAGAUUGUGAGGAUCCAGAAUGAAAAUGUCAGUAAACUCUUAGAGGAGAUUUCCUGUCUCAGUGAGCUGAUCAGUGAGAUGGAGGGGAAGUGUCAGAAGCCAGCGAGUGAAUUCCUGCAGGAUGUCAGAAGCACCUUGAGCAGGUGGGAGAAGGAGAAGUUCCAGCCUCCAGAGGAGAUUUCUCCUGAACUGGAAGAGCAAGUCAGUGGUUUCUCCCAGAAAACUAUUGCGCUAUCGGAGGCUCUGAGGAAGUUGAAAGACACUCUGCCGUCUGCACUGGAGAGAAAAAGAGGGAAAUACCUACGAGCACACAGACAGGCGAAUAUGACUCUGGAUCCAGACACGGCUCAUCCCCAACUCGUCCUGUCUGAGGAUCGGAAAAGUGUGAGACUGGGAGACACACGGCAGCGACUGCCCAACAAUCCUGAGAGAUUUGACACUGAGCCCUGGGUGCUGGGCUGUGAGGGAUUCACCUCAGGGAGACAUUGCUGGGAGGUGGAGGUGGGGAGUGGGCGAUACUGGGCCGUGGGGGUGGCCAGAGAGUCUGUGGGGAGGAAGGGAGAGAUCAGCCUUAGCCCAGAGGGGGGGAUCUGGGCUGUGGGGUUGGCGGGUCAGUUCUGGGCUCACACCUCCCCUGUGACCCUCCUGCCCCUAAGCCGGGUCCCCAGCAGGAUCCGGGUUUGUCUGGACUUUGACCGGGGGCAGGUGACAUUUAUCGAUGCUGGUGACGAGGCCCCGAUCUUCACUUUCCCGCUGGGCUCCGUCCCUGGGGAGAGAAUCCGACCCUGGCUCCGGGUGUGGAGAUCCCAGCUCAGACUGUGUUCCUGAGACCCGGGGGGAGAAUAUUCCACUGGGGACCCUGAGAUCAGCCUCUCUAGCCUCACACACCCUAGGUUGCUUCCGGUUUCAACACUGCACCGUCUGAACUGUCAAACCAUAGAGAGCGUUGAGUGAGCGAGGUAGAGAAGCCGAUCUCAUCACUGCCCCAGGGAUUGUGCAGCCUGUUUGCCACUGUCCUCUGUGAGCCAGGAGGACUCUGGGGAUCCUGGGUCAGACAGUGCCACUGAGACAUGGGGUGGAACAGCCCACUGGGAAUGAAACAAUGGGCUUCUUAGCCACAGUCAUCCUAGCCCCUAUGGCCUGGAAGACUCCUGUCUACUCAACCCUCUGGUAUCUUAGCUCUAUGGCCCCUGGAAGCUCCUCCCCCUCCCUCUGUGCAGAAUCAGAGGACCCCUGGAGCUGCAGGAGGAGCAGAGGGGCCCUGAGGGACAGAUGUGGGGGCUGCAGGGUCAAAACUGAAGGAGGGGCUGGGGGCAGAAGUGAUGUGGGGUAGAAUUAACAGCCGGGCUGGGGACAGGCAGAUGUGGGGGUGGCAGGGACACAGAAUUAAUUGGGGUUUUGGGGAGAAGCUGGAGGCUCUGCACCAGCAGGGAUACUAGCAGAGGGAGAGCCAGGGACUGGGGAGUGUGCAUUCAUCCCAAUAUCCAGUAGAAAUGAAUGGCUAGCAUAGACAAGUCCUACAUUGAUAGAGAGGCAGGCAGUUAAGGCAACAAAGAAUUCUUCCCUUGACCUAUCUGCGUCUACAUCGGGGUUAGAUCGACCUAACUACAUCGCACAGGGUGUGACAUUUUUCACGGCUCUGAGCAGUGUAGCUAGGCUGACCUAAGGUUUAGGUGUGGACUGGGCCUCAGGAUGAACAAGGGUAUAUCUACACUACAGUGACUAGAGCGGCACAGCUACAACGCUACAGCUGUGUCCCUGAAGUGCCGUAGUGUAGAUGCUUCCUACAUUGACAGAAUUGUUUUUUCCAUCGCUCUAGCUAAUCCCUCUUUCUGAGAGGCCAUAGCCAGGUCACCAGAGGAAUUCCAUUGUCAGCACCAGGGGCUAGGUCGAUCUAGCUGUGGCACUCAGAUCACACAAUGUUUCACAGCCCUGAGUGAUGUCACCAGGUUGAUCUUAGUGUUAGGUGUAGAGCAGGCCCUCUGAGGGACUGGCUGGAAGUUUGGUGUGUGUGUGAGGCAGAAAGCCAAGAGAAGCAGUCGUGAGUGUGAUCUCGGGAGAACAGAGAGACAGAAGUUGCUUCAGGCACAGGGUUCCCUAGGAAUGCCGACAUGGAGUUCUGAGUAAGGAAACUGCCGGCUGCUGUUUGUUUGUACCGGGCACAGGAAUGUGUGGACAUUAUUCAUAAAUAAUAAAGAUUGCACCAAAGAAA